UUAUUGAGGGAUCCAUCAUGAGAAGAAGUGCCAAAUUGGCAGGCGUUAACCAUUUCUUGUUUCUCUCUCCCAACAAAAUUCUCCUUGCAUGAACUACUUUGCAAUGUAUCAUUUGUUUAGAAUUUAAAUUGGACAGAUUAUUUUUAAAUUCCAGUUUGAUCGUUUCAGGCAUAUAUAAUAAGCGUUCUCUUCGAUUUGGACAUAUAGAGAUGAUCGCAGCCCUCUUUAUGAUGCAACUCCAGGAAAGUUCGAUGGCACAGAGAAAAUAAAUAGAAUUAUAUUGAAGAUGGAAAGGAAAGACAUCUCCCAUGAUGAUUUGACAGAUUGCAUUGGAUUAACCCCAUUACACAUGGCUGCUUCGCAGGGGAAGGUAUUCCCUUAUUGAGCGAUCAAAACAUAUAAAACGGCACAUCUUGUAUUGGGGAGUGCAGCCACUUCUUGAAUGUGAAUGGGACUGUAAAACGGCUUGAUUGUAUUUUCCCUAAAAUAUUCUGAAAUUUGCUCUCUUUAUCUGCAUCUGACAUGUCUGGCAAUCUGCAAUGGACGGAGAUCUAGUGAAACGUGGUUCACUUGUCUGAGAAACUGCAAUCCAUGGCUGUCACUUUACAGAGCCAAUAAUAGUCUGCCAAAUUUUCGUCCAUGUUAUCUUCCGGACUGGUUUUGAUCUUCAAUCCUCAAAAGGCAAUUAAUAGAAGCAAAAGGAGCCCCUGAUUGAUUUUGGAAAAAAAAUGUUUUGAUCACUGAUUAACGUCAGGCCCUUCGCAGGGAUCUAAAUUAAUAAGAUUAUAUGUAUGAUCCAAUCCAAAACAAGAGAACGCCUAUUGUAGAGGAUUGAAAGGAUCAGUGGCUCCUGUAUCCUUUUAGAGUCAAACCAAUACGCCUCGUCUGUGCUCUCGUUUAAGCUUUUAAGGAGAUGGAGAAAAUUAAUGGGGAGAAACUGAAUCUGAAGGUGAUAGGGACAGGCCUUCCUCGAACAGGGACAACCUCCUUGAAAGAGGCACUCAACAUGUUAGGCUAUCGGUGCUACCAUUAUACUGAAAUGUUAAACAACAAUCAUACAGAUCUAUGGAUCGACAUUUUGUCUGGCAAGUCAGAAGAUUGGAAAAGCAUAUUCAGUGGAUACACAGCAACAGUGGACAUGCCAUCUGUAGCAGCGUAUCAGAAAUUGAUGCACGCAUGUCCUGACGCAAAGAUAAUCCUUACAGUGCGUGACAGGCAAGAAUGGUAUCAGAUUGUAAAGAAUACUAUUUAUCCUCUAUACAUUAAUGCAUCUGCAUCAGAAGUAGCCCUCGGUAGGUUGUGUCUGUGGGAAGGUGGUCUAUUGGAGAGGUUCGAAGACAGAGAAUAUGUCAUGAGUGUGUAUGAGGUUCGUGUAGGAGCUGUGAAAAGUUAUGUGCCUGCUAAUAAAUUGCUUGUAUUCAAUGUAAAAGAGGGAUGGUCUCCUCUCUGUGAUUUCUUGGGUGUUCCAACACCUCCUACAGAUACACCGUUUCCUCACAGGAGUAGUAUAGCAGAAUUCUUUCAAGGUGUUAUUAAGAACUAGUAAAAAUGUGUUAAAUUUCCAAAUUUAAACAAAUAUGUGAGGGAGUUUUAAGCACAUUUUAGGAGGGCGUAUACGUAGCGUAUAUUUGGGUAGGUCAUUGUUAGUCCCUGCCGAAGGGAGGUGAUUCUGCUUUCUGUCCGCAGGCAAGGGAAAUAACGUACUUGUCUGGGAUUUAUUAGUUUUGAUUUAUUAAGUAUGAAACAAGAGCUGCGAUGCAUCUGGUGUUCCUACCUUUUGCCAAAAAUAGCAGUUUUGUUCUAUGUUUAAACAUGCCAGAUAUUUGGCAUAUGUGCCUGCCAAGUACAAUAAAAAUGCCAAGCAGUAACAGGAGUUGAAGAUUGAUUCAAGACUGCAUGCUGUAUAAGGUUUAUUUUUCACUUCUUCUCUCAUUUAUUAGUGUACAUGAAAUAUAUAUUGCAUUUCCGUACU